AUGGAUCCUGGCAUCAGCAAAGCUCGACACACCAACUCUCCCAUGGAGCCCGCGCGCCCGCGGACAUCCACCCGUGCCCUCGUGGUUGUCAUCCUCCUCGUUCGAUACGGUGGCAUAUUCGUCUCAAUUGACGACAUCGGAUCACCCCCAAUCGUUAUCCUUUUGCUCUUCACCGGCCCCCAAACCCUUCGGCAACACGCUAGAAAAGCUGCAUGA